CUCGGUUCAUUGUAAUGAAUCCACAUCCGUCGAAAAUCGCCACCGCUGAAAGAUGUUCAAGUAUCUUUUGCUCGUAGCUCUCGUGCCUGCUUUGGCCCAGGCCCGUACUCCGGUUCGCCAGUGUGGCAACAGAGCACCGCUUCCGGAAUUCGUGGACAUAAAUGGCUGCACAUCGAUGCCGUGUCAGAUCCGAAACGGAGAAACACUGGAUGCCGUCGGUGAGGGUAUUGUGAGUCCGGUUGCGACGACCAGACUGCUAACCUACAUCAACGUCCGGGUGGGUAUCAUAACACUGCCCAUCACUAUCCCUCCGGAGCUGGAGGAUGCUUGCCUAGCGGGAAUCGAGCCCGGCUGUCCACUUGCAGCCGGACAAAGGUUCAACUUCAGAUUACUGAUGGAAGACUUGGAGCUGCCAAACCUUGCGCUGACCGCACGGGUUGAGGUGGGAAUGCGUGCCGACGAUGGUACGGUAGUGUCCUGUGUUGAGUUCGAUGCGCGAGUUGUGCGUUGAAAAGGUCGCAAUGUUUGUUAGUCCUUACAUCUGUCGAAAUUUAGAAUAGCAAGAAAACUAUUUACUGAUUAUGAACGAUUAUAAAAAUAUAUAAAGAGUGAUUUUAA